AGAGUAAGGCGGUUGCUGUUACCCAGCAUGCUCGGCGUACCCCCCUCCCUCCCCUUGGGUGGGUGAGUGAAUCUGGCCGGUGGAUGAUGGAGCGGAGGCUGUAAUGGCGGCCGGCGGCAACCGUGAUAGAUGCGGCUCGGGUACAGCUGGACUUUGACACCCGGGUGCUCCUCUACGCCGCUGGGACUUCCUCCCUGGGCCGGACACUCCCCCCUCCCCGAGAGCACCGCUGAGGAUUCGGCCGGACACACUAGGCGGGAAGAGGAAGAGGGGAGGACUCCUCACAGACAAUGGACGAACAUCCCGGCGCCGGAGGAGGGAUCAUGGCGGGGGCUACCCCGCGACCUCAACAGCAGCCGCUGCCGCCCAUCGGAGGCAACGUUAAUUCCCAGCUGCUGAACCAGGGCUGCGCGGGGUCUAACAGCGGCGGUGGCGGGAGUCUGCCGUCCCAGCAGCAGUCUCAAGGUCCGGCGGCGGUUCAGGAAGCGGCGGGGCCCGGGAGCGGAUCGGAGCUGUCCCGGCCCCAGCAUUACACUAUCCCGGGAAUCCUGCACUACAUCCAGCACGAGUGGGCCCGCUUCGAGAUGGAGCGCGCUCACUGGGAGGUGGAAAGAGCCGAGCUUCAGGCUCGGAUAGCAUUUUUGCAAGGCGAGAGAAAGGGUCAAGAAAACUUGAAGAAAGAUUUAGUAAGAAGAAUAAAAAUGUUAGAAUAUGCAUUAAAACAAGAAAGGGCAAAAUAUCAUAAACUAAAAUAUGGCACAGAAUUGAAUCAAGGUGACUUGAAAAUGCCAACUUUUGAAUCAGAAGAAACCAAAGAUACAGAGGUUCCUACAGUGCCUCAUAAUAGUCAGCUAACUUGGAAACAAGGCAGACAGUUGCUAAGACAAUAUCUUCAAGAAGUAGGUUACACAGAUACAAUAUUGGAUGUACGAUCACAGAGGGUGAGGUCUUUACUUGGGCUUUCCAAUUCAGAACCAAAUGGCUCAGUGGAGACAAAAAAAUUGGAACAGAUUCUUAAUGGAGGAGAAUCUCCCACAUCAAAACAGAAGGGACAAGACAUGAAAAGGAACCCCAGUGAUGUUCUUGAAACAUUUAAUUUUUUGGAAAAUGCAGAUGAUAGUGAUGAAGAGGAAGAGAAUGAUAUUAUAGAAGAUAUUACAGAAGGAAAAGAAAAACAUCGGAUAAAUAAAAAGCAUAAAAUUGGAAAUGAAGGAUUAGCUGCUGACCUUACUGAUGACCCAGACACAGAAGAAGCUCUGAAAGAAUUUGAUUUCUUAGUAACAGCAGAAGAUGGAGAGGGAGCAGGAGAAGCACGGAGUUCAGGGGAUGGGACAGAAUGGGACAAAGAUGACCUGUCCCCAACUGCUGAGGUUUGGGAUGUAGACCAGGGACUAAUAAGUAAACUGAAGGAACAGUACAAGAAGGAACGAAAGGGGAAGAAAGGGGUAAAGAGGGUCAACAGGACAAAACUGCACGACAUGAUAUCUGAUCUGGGCGAUGAUGAGCUACCCCACAUCCCUUCAGGAGUCAUUAAUCAAUCUAGGUCACCCUCUUCUAGAAUGACUGAUCAUGAAGGUGCAAGAGCAGAGGAAGCUGAGCCAAUAACGUUUCCAUCUGGAGGGGGCAAAUCGUUUAUUAUGGGUUCAGAUGAUGUAUUGUUAAGUGUACUAGGCCUUGGGGAUCUUGCAGAUUUGACUGUGGCAAAUGAUGCAGAUUACAGUUAUGAUCUGCCAGCCAAUAAAGAUGCUUUUAGAAAAACAUGGAAUCCUAAAUAUACAUUGCGCAGCCAUUUUGAUGGAGUGCGAGCGUUAGCUUUCCAUCCUGUGGAGCCUGUGCUGGUUACAGCCUCUGAGGAUCAUACCCUAAAACUUUGGAACUUACAAAAAACAGUACCUGCCAAAAAGAGUGCCUCAUUAGAUGUGGAACCUAUUUACACAUUCAGAGCCCAUAUUGGAUCUGUGUUAUCCUUGGCAAUUAGUUCUAAUGGAGAACAGUGUUUUAGUGGUGGUAUUGAUGCAACUAUUCAGUGGUGGAAUAUGCCUAGCCCUAAUGUGGACCCUUAUGAUACAUAUGAGCCAAAUGUUCUAGCUGGCACAUUAAUCGCUCACACAGAUGCUGUCUGGGAUCUCGCUUAUAGUGGUAUAAAGAAUCACUUACUAUCUUGUUCAGCAGAUGGCAGUGUUAGGUUGUGGAAUCCACCUGAAAAAGUGACCUGCAUUUGCACUUACAAUGGAAAUAGAGAAUAUGGAAUACCCACAUCAGUUGACUUCAUAGGCUGUGAUCCUGCCCAUAUGGUGACAUCGUUCAGCACUGGCAACACUGUCAUCUAUGAUUUGGAAACAUCUCAGUCACUGGUAAUGCUGUCCUCACAAACAGAUUCUGGAUUGCAGUCAAGCAAUCACAUUAACAGAGUAGUAAGUCAUCCUACGCUUCCUGUAACAAUAACAGCUCAUGAAGAUAGACACAUAAAGUUUUUUGACAAUAAAACGGGUAAAAUGAUCCAUUCGAUGGUUGCUCAUUUGGAUGCUGUCACAAGCUUAGCUGUGGAUCCUAAUGGAAUCUACCUGAUGUCUGGAAGUCAUGACUGCUCUAUUCGAUUAUGGAACUUGGACAGCAAAACAUGUGUGCAAGAAAUAACAGCCCAUAGAAAAAAGCUGGAUGAAUCCAUUUAUGAUGUAGCUUUUCACCCUUCAAAAGCAUACAUUGCAAGUGCAGGUGCCGAUGCCCUUGCCAAAGUAUUUGUGUGACACAAUAAAGCAAGCCUGCACCUUGAUAGCAGGUUUGCCUGGACAAAAAGAGGGACUGCAUCACUGCCAUCACUGUCAAGGUUACUGAUGACACUACAUGUAACCAGCCUCAGCAGAGACUGUGUUUGGGGCAGGUAUAAAUUGGUCAGAUUAUGAUCUCGUGAAUAAUACUGGGCUGAUUCAUUUAACUGUAAUUACUGUAUUUUGGGGGUGGGGGGGUGGGAAAGCAACCAGUAUUUGUAGCCUUGACUGGAUACGAACUGAGCAUUUGUUCUUUAGGUGUGUCUUUAAACGAACGUGGAAUCAAAUCUUAUUAAAUACGUUUAUUUUGGACUCUGUGUGCUGCCUUAGGGUUAGGAAUGUGGUGCUCUUGUGGGGGUGAGGUGGGGGGGAGUGAGCUCCAAGAGUAGCUUUCUUUGCAUCUCUUAGUAAUUUCUGUUUAUCGGUCAAAUGCCACAGAAUCCCCUUUUAAACUUUUAUUUUGCUUUAAAGAAAAAGGAACUAACUUAAAAUAUUUAGCAUUAGUUGCACAAAAUAUUUCGAUAAAAUUCUAGUUUUUAUAUGUCUUUUAUAUAUUUAGCCUGUCAUAACAGUGCUCAAGAUUGUAUGGAUGACGGUUUUUCUGCAUUAUAGUAUCCUAAACCAGAGAUCUUGCUGCCCUGUCACAACACGGUUCCCUUUGUUGCCUAACAAAGCUCUGCUAUGUCCUUUCAAUAGGACACUAAUUCAUCAUCACUGCAUUACCGGUUUCCUAAAGGACUGUAAAAAAAAAGCGUGUAAAAGGAACACAGAGGAAUAAAACAUGUCCAGCCCUUCCAAUGAACUUUUAAAAUUAAUCUUGACAUCCUAUCACUAUGUGAUAUUUUGUACAUCUUACUGUAUUUACGAGAUUAUUUAUCAAGGUUUAUCCAUCUGGCUAAUGGCCUAUUAUUUAUUUCACUUUUUGUUGGACUUUAUAUUCUUUUUAUGUAGUAUGUUAAUGGGCCCUGUAUAUCUAUUAUGGCAUUCUUUGAACAGUCUAAAAUAGACUAAAAAUGGGACAUGUAAUAGUUUUUAAGUUACAGACAAACUUUUUUUUCCCAGCUAAGCGUCUGGAUUAAAGUUGAUUCCAAGAAGUUGUUUCAGAACUUCUGGAGUGAAAAUGUUUUUAUUUGCAGUUCAGAUAGAAUGCAAAAUUGUAGUUGAAUCAAGAGUCAGAAAUUGGCUGUGUUUUGAAUUGUUAUUCCUGCUUUUGAUUUGUUUUUUUUUCAGAUGUGCUUCAGUUUAUAAUGUAACUAAAGAUUUUGUUUGUGUAACUGCAUGAUUAAGACAAUAAAGUAUUUUUUCUAGUCUUCCACAAAAAAUCUUUUUGAUCAGUUUGCGAGUUUUGAUGAGUUUUGUAAGUUUUCUGUUUUAUGAACUAUGAAUCAGCAAAUUUUUAAGAUUGUACAACAUAACAAAAAGUACCGCUGUUUAAAAAGAUAAUGUAUAUAAAAUGCAUAUAAUAAAUACUAAAUGGUGUACCUGUA